UUAUUUUGGGUGUACUGGGUGGAAUAUUGGAUUGUUUUGAUUGGCUUCCUUAUCUCGAAAUUCUCGAUAGUGUUUUCCCCGUAUCUAGAAUGGACCUUGAGCCUUGCAGGGUGGUAGAUUUUCACUACGAAUAUCAAAACUAUGACCAUCGGACGGCCAAAUUAGUGUAUCCUGUGGAAAUCCCACACCGAGGAAGCGCCCAAGAGUUAGCCCACCGCAUCGUCGCCGAACGGAUGGAUCCGAUUAUGAAAUUUUUGCAGGCUGACCGGAAUCUCAGUCUGCAGUUGGUAGCUUUCCUAGAUCGGGAAAACCAGCGUUUCCAGGACGAUCGGGACGAGACUCUCCUGGAAAAACUCGGCUCCGGACAGAUUGAUGUCGAUGCGUUAGCUUUAGAUUUGGAGCGUAAAUAUAAGGAUGAGAUUUUGGAGUUCGCCGACCGGAUUGGCCCUUCGGAUGAAGAAAUAUUUGCCCAAAGUUAUCACCAGCUGGUUCAUUCAUCGGCUCUGUCGGAAAUUUUGGCUAAGGAACGCGACUACUCCAAAACGAUCACCAAUCUAACGGCCCAGAUGACUCAACAGAUGACCACAAUGCACAAGUUGCACCAGGAGGAGAUUGAAUCCAAGAUGGAACUUCUAGACAUUUCGGUAACAUCGGAAAACAUCAACCACAUCCUAGCCAAGCAAUACGGAAUGCAGAACAUGAUCCGUAAACAAUGUGAAUCGGAGCUGGAAUCCACUCGUGGUCAUCAGAAAUACGAGUAUCGACAUUGGAUCACAACCCACAUUGACGAAAACUUUCUGGCUGAAUCGGACAGCCCGACGCAAAUCGGCAACCGGUGGUCAAUGAUUUCGACACAAGGACCUUCGAUGGAGGAAAGUUUCACCAUCCAUCUAGGUUCUCAGCUGAAGCAUAUGCAUAACAUUAGGAUUCUGAGUACUAAAAUUUCGGACCUUUGCAGUCCUUUGUAUAGCGAAAGCUGUUUUGGUGGCCCUAACGUAGCGUUAGGGCUUUAUUCGAGUUCCUUGUGUGGCAUCGUGAUUCUCACAUCAUCCGGCCCAGUGUCACCCGACUCCGAAGUUCGGAAAAACGCUAACAUGUCGACCGAGUUCCACUUCGAUCAAAUUGAUUAUCAGAUAGAAAAGAUUCAGGAUGAUUUGAGGAAACUAAACGAUUCCCUGGAAGAAUCUGACCUGGGUACUGGAGCUAAGGGGGAUAAAAAUGGACCUCGUGUCAAACCCGGUGAUGUCUAUAUAACCAGACAUUCUAAUCUGUCGCACUCACAUGUUAUUUUCCAUCUGAUAUCUGAUGAAACAUUCCAAAGUCCUAGUGAAAUAAACUCAAGGCAUCCGGUAAUUUUAGGCCUUCGCAACAUUUUAAAAAUAUCGAGUAGACAUGACGUUACUACUCUUACCAUUCCCGCUUUGCUGCGACAUGUGAUGUCGGAAGACAUGACCGUGAGUUGGUGUGUGCGCCGUGCUGAACUCGUUUUUAAAUGUGCCAAGGGCUUCAUGAUUGAAUCGGCCAGCUGGGGUGGGGCAGAACUGAACACGCUGCAGCUGCUGCUACCGCAUGACAUAUCGGAAGAGCUGUUUCGCACGUUGGCCGAUAUGGUGCCGCACGUGUUCCGGGUCGCCAAUCCAAAAAUUUUACAGUAAGCUGAUUCUGGACGAGGUAAGCUUCUGUUAGUUAUGAUUGCAGUCAAUGUCAUAAUAUGACUAUUUAUUGGAGAAAUACUUUUUGUUGUAGAAUUUUGUUCAUUGAAAUUUCCACUUAUAGCUCUAUUUUCAAACAGAAUAACUUAAAUAAGGUCAAUGUUGCGUGCAAGAAA